CGGAUAGACGCGCCCCCUGUGCGUAAAAAGGGCAGGACAGACAGGACGCAGCUCCACGCAGCGCUGCUCACCUGAAACAGCGCACAGACAGGCGGACAGGCAGGCAGGUACACAGAGGAGCGGAGCCGGAAGAGCAAGCAGGUCAACUUGUCCUCAUAGUUUCCUUCUCUGUAGUAACUCCUGAGAUCACACCUUAGCCCGCUGCUGCUUUUUAAAAAAGCGCGAUUUAUUUAUGAAAGAGAAUCGGCACCGGAGGAAACAUGACAGAGCAAGGAAAGAAGCUGAUCCUGGUCGUGGUGGAUAUUCUUUGUGUCUUUGUUGCGGCUUUGCCCUCAGCCAUCCUGACGCUGAUGUUCACUCCGUACCAAAGAGGAAUCUACUGUGAUGAUAAGAGUAUCAGCUAUCCCUACAGGAAAGACACCAUCUCCCAUGGAGGCAUGGCUGCAGUCACCAUCACCUGCUCCAUCGUCAUUAUCACCACAGGAGAGGCGUACCUUGUGCACACAAAUCGUCUGCACUCCAACUCCCAGUUCAACCAGUACCUGUCAGCUCUCUACAAGGUGGUGGGCACCUUCCUGUUUGGAGCAGCUGUCAGCCAGUCAUUGACCGACAUAGCCAAGUUUACUAUAGGUCGUCCUCGUCCAAACUUCUUAGCCGUGUGUGCCCCGGCCACCUGUAAUGGGUACAUGCUGCAGAUCAACUGUACUGGCUCCCAUCGAAAUGUGACUGAAUCCAGGUUGUCAUUCUAUUCUGGCCACUCGUCCUUUGGGAUGUACUGCAUGCUUUUUCUGUCGCUCUACAUCCAGGCCCGAAUGCAGGGGAAGUGGACGCGACUGGUUCGACCAACUAUCCAGUUCUUCCUGGUGGCAUUUGCUGUGUAUGUAGCAUACACACGUGUGUCUGACUACAAACAUCACUGGAGUGACGUGCUGGUGGGGCUGCUGCAGGGAGCUCUCAUCGCCGUGCUCACUGUCCGAUACGUGUCCGACUUCUUCAAGCAGCGCCCCCCUCGCUGCACACACGCAGACCCACCAGAGAUCGAAAACCUUGAACGCAAACCGAGCCCGCAGCCUCAUGACUCGCAGCACGGAAACCACUACAACUACUCCGGACCUGUAUGAGCUCUUCACAGCAGCAGCAGCAGCAGCAGCAGCUACUCUUACUAACCUGGGCUCACACGCUCUCUAACAGCAGCUCCGUUACCAAAGGACCUGUGACCUAUACAGGAAAACGCAGUAACCACUACCUAGAAAUCCAGACCAGACCUGCUCCACUCUGAGAUGGCUUUCCAACAUUUUUACAGCUAUAAAAACUCAGAGAUUCCCUCGACCGGUUGGAACAGAAGCUCCGCCGUCUGUGUGUCUUUAAGUUAGGGUGUGUGUGCUGCGAAAAUAUGUGUGAUUGAUUGUGAUUUUGUGUUCAUGUGGAGCGUGUUGUGUUUGAAAGUGUGCAAUGAUGUAUAUUUUUAUGAUGUUUUUGUUUUUCUUAACUCUGUGCUGCGUUUGAGAGAAACGUUUCAGCUUUGUGGGGGAGAACUGAUGCUGUGAGUUUAUCGGAAAAGUGAGCAAAGACUGAUCGAGAUAUGUAAAUUUAAAAAACACCAGCCAAAGAUUUCCGUCUGUCCUUGAGUACAGUCACAAAACAUCAGAGGCUGAAUGUUUUUCACCUUGUUGCAGUCAGAUAAGACUAUUUUUACCUACACUGGAGUUAGAUUGUAUCUGCCUGUUCCAGCCACUUGUCAUUUUUAUCUGCAGACGUCUGUAUUUUAUGUUUUUAAGAUAUGCAUGUGUAAUGGACUGCCGCAACUAUAUACGUGAUUUUGUAUAGUGCUAACAUUUUUAUUUUGUUUAUUACUACUGUAUCUAAUAAAUGUGUAGCUUUUUAAGAAUGCAUUAUCACUACUUUACAGUGCAACUUUCUGAGCUGGCAACAUCAUUCUGAAUGUUUCUUCUUUUUUUUUUUUUAUAGACGAACUUCACUUAAAUGACUGAGAAAAGACAAGCUGAGGCAAUUUUAUCCCAUAAACCAUCAUUUUUUUUAGUCUUUAGUGUUGGUAGAAGAACAAUCUGGACAUCUUCCUUUCCUCUUUAUAACAUGUGUAACCUAAUGUAAUCAUUUCUUUCCUUCAGCCUGUCGGUUGUUCUGUGUAGUUUUCUCUAUAAAUAUUAGCCAGCA